AUGACAAUACCAACAAUGAAUGAAGAUCGAAGCAUGCCACGAUGUCAACCUUUAAUCACAUAUGAAGAGAUACAGCAUAUACUUGCGCAAGGUCCAUGUAUAGAAUAUCGAUUAAAACGCCACGAUGAUAAUCAAGCGAAUUCUACUAAUCAUAUCUAUGCACUACAAUCAACCAUCAAUGAUCAACGACAAUUCAUUCAUGAUCAUCACAGAUGGAUCUUCUAUUUACUGAAUAGUACGAUCAAAGUGACCGAACUCGAACAACACUAUGCAGAACAACAUAGUAAAAUCAAACCCCAUUGGAAAAGUUGGCGUGAUGUGUGUCUCCUUCUAUUAAUGGCCAUUUGUAUUGGAAUUCCAAUCUGUUUUGUGAUCCGUCGCGUUCGCCUUCUUGAUGUACUCACAUCGUAUUUACUUCGUCGUCAUCAACAUAAACUUGAACAAAAACAAAAUCAAAUAAUGGAAAAGAAAGUCAAGAUAAGUGAUCCAUCUGCUACAGAUACACCAACAACCCCAGUUUAUACAAUCAAACAAGAUGUCCUACGUUAUACACAUGCUUCUGAUUCAUCAUAA